AUGUCGCCCUGCCGUCCUAUCCGCAUCGGCAAUUGCUCCGGCGCGAUACCCGACCCGGGCGACAUCAUGCUAACCCAGGCCACGGCGGGGCCUCUCGAUGUGAUCACAGGCGACUACCUGGCGGAGGCCAACUUGGCCUCGUACGCGGAGGCGCACGCAACAGGCACCCAUCCGGGCUGGGUUCCAUCGGCGUGGGACGGGCUGCAGAAGUCACUCGGGGCCAUCAAUGAGCGGCGCAUUAGGAUCGUCAUCAAUGGCGGGGCAAUGAACCCCAAGGGCCUGGCACUGGAAACGGCAAAAUUGGUCCGAGAGAAGGGGUAUGAUCUCAAAGUUGCCUGGGUGGAUGGCGACGAUCUGAUGGGCACGGUCAGGGAGAUACUGAAGCCGGACGGGCGGGGACGGUUGCCGCACCUGGAUGGCCACAAUGAGGCUGUCCAGCUUGCGCACGGCACCGAGAACUUUCUGGAGGACCCGAAUAAGAAGAUCGUGGCGGCGAACGCCUAUCUCGGCUGCCGAGGCAUCCGGAGGGGCCUCGACGAGGGCGCCGACAUCAUUAUAUGCGGUAGGGUCGCGGAUGCAUCCCCAGUCAUGGGCGCGGCGGCUUGGUGGCAUGGUUGGAGGGACGAGCAAUUCGACGAGCUGGCGGGCGCCCUGGUCGCGGGCCAUCUGAUCGAGUGUAGCACGUACGGCACGGGUGCAAACUUUGCGGGAUUUGACGAAUACGACACCAAGGCCCUGCUCAACCUGGGUUGCCCCAUCGCGGAAAUCGAUGCCAAAGGCGACUGCGUGAUCACGAAGCACGAGAGGUUGAACGGAUAUGUCACUGAGGAGGUAGUCAAGUGUCAGCUGUUAUACGAGCUGCAGGGCACCACCUAUCUGAACAGCGACGUGAAGGCAGAUAUCAAGGACGUGACGGUGCAGCAAGUUGGGCCAAACCGCGUUCAUGUCACGGGCACGAAAGGGCAUGCACCACCACCCACAACGAAGCUGGCAGUGUUCUACAAGGGCGGCUACCAGGGGGAGAUGACGAUCAACGCCACCGGUUAUGCCACGGAGUUGAAGUAUGACCUGCAAGAGGCACAAGUCCGGAGCAAGCUUGAGGAAUGGGGCAUCAUGAAGAAGAUUGAUCUGCUUGAGUUCCAACGCGUCGGGGUACCAGAGCUCAACCCGAGGAGUCAGCUGGCGGCCACGAGCUAUCUGCGGAUAUUCGUACAGGCUGCCCAAGCCGACACCAUCAGGGCCGUACUGUAUGGCAUUACCUACAAUUUCAUGCAGCAUUUCCCAGGUCUGAACUGCUCGCUUGACUGGCGGCUCAUGGACCCGUUGCCAUACUUGGGCUUCUUCCCGGCCCUGGUCAAGCAGGACCAGAUACACGAAGCAGCGAACUUGAUUGAAGGUGGCGGUGCGAGCGCGAGGAGAUGCGAGGUCGGUCCGCCGGCCAGGACUGAGGAGCUGAGCCCCCGGGAUGACUACGAUCCGGUGUCGCCACGCGACCUGAGAGACUUUGGCCCAACGAGGAGUGUUCCAUUCGGAGACGUCGCGCUGGCCAGAUCGGGCGACAAAGGGGCGAACGUCAAUGUCGGCUUCACGCCGAGGGCGCAUCUCAACAACCCGGAAGUGUGGGAAUGGAUGCGAAGCUUCUUGACCAAAGCCCGGAUCAAGAAAAUGAUGGGUGACGAUUGGGAGGACUGGUUUCACGUAGAGCGCGUCGAGUUUCCUGGCAUACGAGCUGUACACUUCGUGGUAUACGGUGCACUCGGGAGAGGGGUGAGCAGCUCGGCGCGACUGGACAGUCUGGGUAAGGGGUUUGCUGAGUUCCUGCGGUUCGUGCAUGUGCCCGUACCUACCAAGUUCUUGCUCCGGAAUGCAACAACGAGCAAGUUAUAG